UUGAGCGAAGAAAUAUUCACUUUUCAAUUAGAUCCUCAUCUCUGGCUCUACUCUAAUAUAUAUAGCAUUUUAAUUACAAUACAACAGUUUGCCAAUCAAGUGGCGAUAAGUUUGUUAACAAUAAUUACACAGUGUCAGAAUGUCAAUGGGUUAAUAGUUAACGAAGAAUAAAUUAAUUUUACAAGGAUAACACGUAAAUUAAAGAUGAAGUGGUCAAAAUAAAUAACAACCACACCUAUUUUAUUUUCGAGAAAUAAGGAUAAACUACCUAAAUUCGCCUCCUCUAUGUGUAUCUACCAGUUUGACUGCAGCUGCGGAGCCAGCUACAUUGGGCGUACAAUUAGGCAAGUUCAUCGUCGUAUUUCCGAACAUCAUCCAACGUGGUUAAGUAAGGAGCAAAAAAGAUCUAUUCGUAGCUCUAUUUUAGCCCAUUUCGUUGAUACUGAGCAUAAGAUUGAUGUUAAUACAGCAUUUAAAGUUAUCUAUCGCAUUCCGACUUAUCUUAAUUUUGCUCUGCGAGUUCGUCUUCUACAGACGGCUGAGGCGAUUGCCAUUCACCUGAAGAAGCCAAGCCUAUGUGUACAGAAAAAAAUUGUACAGCCACUUUCCCUACCUUGGCCAUCGUCACAAGAAUGGAUAAACAGGACUGCGUCGCCCCCUCCCCCUAAAUCUAUAAAAUUAUAUUUAUCUAAAUUAUUUAUUUUAUUUUGACCACUUCAUCUUUAAUUUACGUGUUAUCCUUGUAAAAUUAAUUUAUUCUUCGUUAACUAUUAACCCAUUGACAUUCUGACACUGUGUAAUUAUUGUUAACAAACUUAUCGCCACUUGAUUGGCAAACUGUUGUAUUGUAAUUAAAAUGCUACAUAUAUUAGAGUAGAGCCAGAGAUGAGGAUCUAAUUGAAAAGUGAAUAUUUCUUCGCUCAAUCUUUCUGUUUUCUAAAU